AGAGUCCUGCUGAUUACCUGAUUAUUUGAAUCAGGUGCGUUGGACCAGGGACACACAUCAAAAUUUGCAGGACAACAGACCUCAAGGACUGGAAUCUGGAAUUGAAGAUCCCUGCUCUAGGAAACUAUUUCAAAGAUGUACCGACUGACCCUGCUGAACCUGGCUCUGUUGCUCUGCUCAUCAUCCUUUGUAAAUGGAGGGAAGGUUCUAGUGUUUCCCUUAGAUGGAAGCCACUGGGUCAACAUGAACGUCAUCGUUGAAGAGCUUUAUGCCAGAGGCCAUGAAGUCACCGUAGUGCGACCAUCAGAUGCCUGGUACAUUAAACCAGAGUCCCCCCACUACAAGGCCAUUACAAUCAACACUUCGGCAGGGUUUGAGAAAGAAAACUUUGAGUUAUAUGUAACAAGAACCCUAAAUAUGAGGCGCAGAGGUGCAUCUUUCUGGACUCGGCUAUGUCUCGAAUAUGAUCUCAUGACACAGUUCUAUAAGAUGCAUGAACAAGGACUUAAAAUGGUAGAGGAUAUUUUUGAAGAUGACAAACUGAUGCAGAGCCUCAAUGACGCCAAAUAUGAUUUGGUUCUUACUGAUCCUGCAACUGGUGGAGGUGUGCUUUUAGGUCACCGUUUGGGUCUUCCACUUGUCUUUAAUGUCAGAUGGACGAUUCAGGGUGAGGGGCAUCAAGCUAUUGCACCUUCCCCUCUCUCCUAUAUCCCCGUACCAGGGUCAGAACUUACGGAUAGAAUGACAUUCAUUCAGCGGGUCAAAAAUUUACUCUAUUAUAUUAUCUCUAGCUUCCAAAUUUGGUACAUCACAGAACCAAACUACAAACCCUUUGUCCAUCGUCACUUUGGCAAAGACGUACAUUACAUGGAGCUGUUUCAGGCGGCCGACAUUUGGCUGAUGAGAAAUGACUUCACCUUUGAGUUUCCACGACCAACAAUGCCAAACAUCGUCUACAUGUCAGGAUUCCAGUGUAAACCCUCCAAACCUCUCCCCAAAGAACUGGAGGACUUUGUGCAGAGCUCAGGGGAACAUGGUGUCAUUGUGAUGACACUGGGGACGCUGGUGGAACAACUUCCUGAGGACCUGACUGAGGACAUUGCUGCUGCUUUUGCUGAGCUUCCUCAGAAGGUGAUCUGGAGGCACAAAGGAAAGAAACCAUCCACCCUUGGUAACAAUACCUUACUCCUGGACUGGUUGCCCCAAAAUGACCUCCUGGGUCACCCCAAAACCAAAGUGUUUGUGGCUCAUGGAGGCACCAAUGGAGUGCAAGAAGCCAUUUAUCAUGGUGUCCCCCUGGUCGGCUUGCCCCUCAUGUUUGAUCAGCAAGACAACUUCUUCAGGAUGGCAUCAAGAGGGGUGGCCAAAGUCGUUGACAUCGUAAAAGUAAACAAAGACAUCUUCCUGGAGGCUCUGAAGGAAGUUCUCUAUGAACCUUCCUACAAAGAGAAGAUGAAGGAGCUGUCCAGUCUCCACAGAGAUCAGCCCAUGAAGCCUCUGGACCGAGCCAUGUUCUGGAUUGAGUUUGUCAUGAGGCACAAAGGAGCGGCCCAUUUGAGAACAGAGUCCUACAAGAUGUCCAUGAUCCAAUACCACUCCAUCGAUGUUUUGGGGUUCCUGCUGGCAAUUGUUCUGCUGCUCUUUGCUGUUUUUAUUUCUGCGGGCAAAUUUCUCUGGAAAAAAAUACUUCAUAGAAGCAAAGCUAAAGAGGAAUGAUGAAACUGCUUUAGGUCAGAAGCAGCUGUAUCUCAAACAAUGGAACUGAUUACUAUGUAUGGUAUAUUUUUGCAUCUUCCAGUACAGAUUAUUCAGCAGUAAAUUAACCCAGUUUCUAAAGAAAAUUGUCCUACUCUUUAGAAAUAAUAAGGACACCAUGUAUCUGUUGUUUUGGUCACAUCUUCCUUUUGAGCUCAUCUGAAACUAUAAAUAAUUGACAAAGUUAAAUGGAAAAACAUGUUUUUUGAAUAGGAACAAACAGAAUUUCAGAACAUUGUUUAAAAUGUUUUGCAGGUAUGCUUGUUCUUUCCUAAUAUUUCAAACCAUGGAUUUAAAGUUGCCAAUCUAAGAAAUGUGUCUUUAACAAUAAAUAAAAUGUUAUUUUGUAACCA